AUGGCUGAAGAAGUUUGCGACAAACUGAUCUACGAAAGGCCGUGGGUAAAGUACACGGAUAUCAGAAAGAUACCUCAUGAGGAAGGCAUAUACGUGAUAGGAGUCAAGAAAAGGGGACAAAAAGCAAUCAGAUACCUUUACCUUGGCCAAUCUAUAGACGUCCAUGUGAGACUUAGACAACACAAAUAUGGCGAUCAAGAAAUUGAUCAGUUUGUUAGGCGCAAUUUUCGACGCGAUGGCGGAAGAGAUCUACGAAUUAAGUGGAUUAGGGAGCGUAAACACAAGCUGAAAGAGACUGUCUAUAUCAAAUGCGUUGAGCAUAAGCUCGGAUAUAAAUUGAAAUACAACAAAGUAGGUAGAGGCAACUAAAAUAUGGUAAACAAAUGUGUAAGAGGAUCGUUGGGGCGGUUUUUUUUAAAAUCUUUUUUAAGCUUAGAAGUUACUCUGUCAUUAGGAGUUAGAACACUCAUACUUGAGAGUAGAAAUGAUUGCCAUAUGUAUGCAGAAAACAUGUAAUUUUUAGUAUUCAUCUCGGUGGUACAAAAAGGACAUUUUAAAGUAUGUAAGUUGAUCGGCAUAAGUUAUUCACGAAAUACAGAUAGCAUUUGUUAUAAAAUAGUCUCGUUUCUUUAUUACUCCUUCUUUAAGUCUUUCGAUAGCUCCAUCAAAAAUUAGAAUUGCGACAACCAGCAAAGUUCUGAUUCGUUAUUGUCGCUGAAACAAUCUAUACCGCCAUUUAUACUAUUUGACAUUGGUGCUCAAAAUUAAAAUCUGGUGACGAGAACUCAAGUUUGUUUGUAAUCCCUGAAGUGCUACGAUCGGAGCUCCUUUCCAAUUUAAUCCAGAAGAUCGACGUCUGUCUCCUUUUCUAACUGAGUGAAAAGGAUAUUGAAGAGACCAGUUACGAGAAAAAUAGGUAUGAAAGAUCUAGAGAGGGCAAGCUGCCAAUAAAUAGACAGAGACAUAUUGUUAGAAUUGAUUUCUCUAACACUCGUUUGUGGUCCGGUUGAUCCUUCUUUAUUUGCUUCUCUUCUCAAGUUGUUACAAUGGGGACUAGCUUCAAUAUAUCAGGGAAAACUAGAGUCUCCGCUAAUAAAGGUGUCACUGCGGAUGACAUUUCUAAGCCGUCGAUCUUCUUGUGUCGUCAUCGUACCAUCUCCACUAGCGAAUCACGCUUGACUACGUAUUAUAGUUCCCACAUACUGAGUAAGCACCUUAGGGUUGUCUACGCAGUUACAAAAUCAAUUUCUUCCCUAAUUUUCAUAUCUUUACGGUUGAGAUCGGCCAGAACAGAAACGAGAUCGACAAUAUAAAAAUUACAAAUAACCUUGGUGUAGAGUGUUAUUUAUACCUAAAAGUGUAUCUUAAGAGAAAAUCACCUUUAAAGAUUGUUACAUAACAACAUCUUGGUCACAAGAGUUAAAGAAAGGCGCUCACAAGUACCGCCCCCAAAUUGCUUCUUGUUGCGAAAACAUGAGGGACGUCACCUGUUUACCCUUAAAUUACCUCUGGGAACACGAAGGUGUCGAACGCGACCUAUUACCAGGGAGAUUUACUCUUCCUGGACUAACAAAUUAACUUAUUUAAGAACACGGCCUAUCACGAGUUCCAUGUCAACUUCACGAUCACAACGAAGAAAACGUGAUUAAACUCACUAGGUGAACGUGGCCAAACUCACAAGAAGAACGUGAUUAAACUCAACCUUUUAGAUAAGACCACCAAGAAGGCGUACGAAGUAAUCAACCUGCCCUUUUUAUAAUUUACAUUAAAUGACUUAGAAUAAUAUAAUAUUUCCAUUCCUUUUCUUUCUAGCACCAAUACAGAAAACCCUUACGAUAUUGUAGAUUAACUAUAAUUGUAAUUUUAUCAUUUAACAAUAUUUCCACAAGUUACGCAUUGUAAUUUAUGACCUUUUAUCAUCCAAAUGUGACGUGCGAAACAAAAUCUGCUAGAAAACAAUGUUUUUUCUUAAGCUUAAUUUAUUCAAACCAUUGGCAAUUUUUUGUUAGACAGAAUGCUUAGCUUGAAAUCAUACAUGAAACAUGCGGACAAUAUCAAUUUCAGACAAGUUCAAAGUUCAAACACGACCUACCUUUAGUCUUGAGUACACUGGCAAUAUUGCACCUUGUUGUCGCAGUCAUUUAUUAAAAUGUACGAGUUUCCCAGCCGUCGAGACUGCAAAACAUGUUAUCGGAGAAGGUUGCAUCAUUUGCUUAGAGGAAUCUGCUGUGCCAGCACUUUCAGUUUUGAACGGAUAUGCCCCUUGAUGUAAAGACAAACAGCUUUGUAAGGGAUUUUUCCCUUAUUUGUUUCUUGCCGAACAAAAGUUGACAUUAUGUGGUGUUUAUAUUUCUGAGGCUUCGGCGCGAAGAUUCAAAUCGGCGAAGAAGCAAACAAAGCAGAGUUACUUGAGUUUAAGGUAGAUAUUUCCGUCUGAUCUUAAUUUCUACUCCUUUUUCUCGAUCUCGCUCUCGUUAUUGUUCUCCUCUUUCCAGCAUUUUGUUCAUUGAACAACUUUAUGGAUUUAAUGCACUGAGUCUGAAUAGCUCUUACGGGAUCAAUUUUCAAAGUGAAAAGUUGAGACGGCUUACGCGCAUUAAACUUCGUGUUCAGACAAAUUUUGUCUUCUUCUGAAAUAUCCCGAAUCAAAGCCUACUAUCUCAUCAAAAAUUUCAACCAAGAGACUGUCCAUCAAUCAGUUGGAAGAUUUUUUUUUCUAAUCAGGUCGAGUAUGAAGUUUCUGAGAAAAUAAUCAUUGUGACCAUUUCUUAGAAAAGCGAUACCAAAUAUUUAACGAUAAAGGUCAGUUGCGGGAAAGUCCCUUUCCUUUUCAGCCAAUAAUACUCGAGAUGCUGUAAUAAAAGAGUUUUCUCAUUGGUCAGCCAACACAGUUUCAUUUUUAACUCGUGAAUUGCGCGCAUGCGCAAGAGUGAGUUGUAGCUAUGAUGUAGAGAAUGGCACUCGCUCGCUCGCUCGCUCGAUUGGUCGAUUCCUGUAAACUUUUUUUCGAUUUUAGGCUUUUGAGUGCAUUUGAUAGUUUUUGGCGAGUAAUAAACAAACGAAAUGGCGACCUUUGUUGCUAAGAAUAGUGGUGGGGUGAAAAAGAAGCCAAUCAUAAUCUUAAAAGAGUUUUUUUUUUUCGUUUUAGUUUCAACAAGCGGCGCCAGCCAGCGACUGGCAGGCGCGCGAGGAUUCACACUGAAAUAAGAUAAAAACCUUCGUUUUUCAUAAAAUUGUAAUCUACAAUCCUUGAACUUGAAAACAAUCCGAAGAUUCAUUAAAAUAUCACUUACUCUAAAGCGUUCGGAGUUUACAGGUGUUCAAAAGCUUUUUCUGUUAUGGCGUGAGAUUGAGGAUAAAAUCGAUCAUUACAUUUCGUAUCGUGUGUUUUUUCUGUGUGAAGCAACAAAAGGUGCUGGCGACCGACGAAGUUACAGGUUAACACGAAAAUCAAAUAACACCUAAACAAAUAAUUUUGGCUACCGAUUUUCAGCGAAUUUUUUUUAAGUUUCAAGACAAUUUGAAGAUUUAAAAUAAAUAUUACGAACUAAAAUGCGAAAGUUAUACACCACAAAAUCGAUAAAUUGGCCUGAAAUGAAAUUCUAUCUUUUUCUUGAUUAUACGUUGCCUAACACGUGACCAAAAUCUACCCAGGCGGAAAUCCAAAAUGACGGUGGCAGUCUGGGCUUAGUUAUAUCACUCAAAACUCGUUCCCGUUUGUUUCAUUUGAUGAAGAGGGAAUCGUUAAUGUUUUCAUUAAGACAGUAUUGCCUUGAUUUUCCAAUAUUUACAAUGAUAGACAGUAAAUUUCACUUUUCACCCACAUUUACUUCCAACCUUUUUUUUUUCGAACCAGAAACAAAAAUGAUACAUGUUUAAAACACAUGACAUCAUCCACCCUUGUCAAAUGUAAUAGCAUGAUCAUUUCAAUUGUAAUGCCUUCUUAUCCCAACGUUACUUUGUUUCUUUGUUACAUUAGCGAACACUGAACUACUGCUCAUACUCUAGAUAUGACAAUCAACCACAAAAUUCCCUAAACCAGAUAACAUUGAACAUAAUCCAAAAAAUCAUGUAAGUCAUCUGUCAAUUCACGAGUUUGCUCACAGAGCACUUUGAUCAUAAAAGGAAGUGUUAUAUGUUUAGUCGCGCACUCUAAACAAGUGCAAACACAGACUAAGGGAGUGAGGUAAGCUUCAAGAUAAUAUAAGCUUUGGUUUACUUUUAGGCCACUGUCGUUCAUUUGGGCGGGAAAUUAAUGAUUCUCCGAUUCAGACCCUGGACAAGACCUCGAAGUUCUCUACGUGGGUCGCACUAAUGAUGUUCACCGGAGGAUGGGAGAACACAAGAGGCAGGAUUUGGACAUAGAUAGAUACGUUCAAGAACAGUUUCAACUUAAUGACGGCAAAUAUUUACGUAUAAAGUGGAUUCGAAAUAAAAACUGA